CACUGCCCACCGCCAUUUUCCUCAGAGAAGAACAGCGUCAGAAACAACAUCGUAGUUAGACAUCGACGUCUUUGCCGAAAUGGCAGUGUAAACGUGUGCCGCGAGCCAGCAGCAACCAACCAAACAGUGCAUCCAGCCAGUGCACUGAGUCACCUCUCACUCAGCAUCAUGUCGUCCUUUGUGGAAACCUUCAGCACUGCUGCAUUUGACAGCAUAAAAGAGUCGAUCGCCACCCUCACCUCGUCGCACGGCCCGUUUGUGACCGACAACGACCACUAUGACCAAGAUGAUGACAAGCUCACCGUUUGGCCUGGAAGACAUGGAGGCCCUUCUCUGGGGGCCUUCCUCUCCCAUGGUUGAUGCCGUGAACCCUCUGUUUCUUUACCCUGACGAAGACGGACGACGGGAAGGAGGAGAAGGCGGCCUGCUGCCGGGCCACGCGUCGCCCCUCGCCUCCUCCGUGCUUUCUUCCUCAUCCUCUCCCCCGCCUUUCUACUCUCCUCCUCCCUCGCCGCCAGCCGGUAACCUCGGUGGGGACAAGGCUGCUGGGGCCGAGUCUGACCUGCUCCCCCUCUCUUGGUUGGACCACCCCGUUCAGCUGAGAUCGAGUCACAUGGUUUCGGGGGACAGCAAAGACGGUGCGCUCGGUGAUCUCGACUGGAUGGCUGACAGGGUGGAUCUGAGUGACUUUGACCUGGACUCCCUGAUUGGCUCCUGCAGUCCUGUUGAAGAUUCCCCCGGCUCUCCAGAAGAUCUCCUCGCCUCCCUGGAUUGUUCCAUGGAGCUCGACUCCUUCCCUCUGCCAACCCUCUCAGCUCCUGCACAGUCGAGUCCUCCUUCUGCUUCCUCUCCCCGUGUCCCCUCUCUCCCCGCUGUCGGUUCAGAUCCCUCCGUCAUCGUAGUAGAUGAGCCAGAAUCCCUCACUGGGGGGCAAGAGGUCCCCUCGUCUCCUCUUUUGGUCCCAGAGCCACAGGAGGAGCUAGAAGUCAAGUCUGAACCCGCCUCCCCUGGCCCCGCUCCCACCGUGGUUGAUUCUCCGUCGUCUCCCGCCUUCACGUUGGACCUGGGCAGUGAGGUGGAUAUCUCUGAGAGUGAGGUGAAGCCCGUCGUAGCCUCCGUGGUGCCUCAGGUCCCGAAGAUCGUGCUCUCCCUCUCGCCGACGCGCAUCCUCCUCGUGCUGACUCCCAAAGCGAACGCGGCUACCGCCGCUGAGGUAGUCCGCUGCUCCCCGCCGGCCUCUCCUCCACAACAGUCCCCCAGGAGCAGACCCUACCCCGAACCCAAGCACACAGCCGGCCCACCCUCCCCCAGCGCCGUCGCCUGUGAGGUCAAGUCUGUCCGGGCUGCAGGCGGGACGGGAAGGUCCACUUUGAAAGCGCCAAGGGACAAGAAGAAGAAGAAGAUGGAGCAGAAUAAGACGGCUGCCACCCGCUACAGGCAGAAGAAGAGAGCCGAACAAGACGCGCUGCUGGUGGAGCACGCUCAGCUGGAGAGGAAGAACAUGGAGCUGACGGAGAAGGCCGAGUCUAUGGCCAGGGAGAUAGAGUAUCUGAAGGAGCUGAUGGAGGAGGUUCACCAGGCUAGGCUCAGAAAAGGCCUUAGUGCUGACCCCUAGUGGCCAGGCCUGCAGCUGCGUUUCAUGUGUAACACGUUUCCCUGUGUAAUGAAAUUCUUCCUUUGGUCCACAUAAUAGACAGAAUAACACAUGAGAGUACAAAGAGUUCACAGGAAACCUGAUGGCAACAUCAACAUUUAUACAAAAAUGAUUGUGCUAAUGUUCUGAGUCAGCUGAAUGGGCAGAGGAGGAUGUGCAAAAUAAAAGUGAGUUGUCCAGGAUUACAGGGAGCUGUCAGCAGCUUAGAAGCCAAUAGGGAGAAUAAUGUUGAAUGAAAUGGACUGAUUUUACAUUUAUCUAACCCUGGUAUUAUACUCCUGUCAUGUAUUAAGCAGAAUUUAGAGGAUUCACCACACAGAACAUAUAACCUUGUAUUCAGUGACAUGCAUGUAUUUUCUUCCUAGCCGUGGACCUCUGUAUAGACUAAAUCAAAGGUAUUUUUAAAGUUUGUGUGUAACGGUGUAUAACCCGACUGUAUAUGGUGAUUAUCUUAAUAAAGAGUCAUAAACCAGACCAGA